CCUCUCAAAAUUAUCAAAAUUCUCUCCAUACUCCAUUUAUAUAUAAAUAUAUCCAUCAGUUUCCCCUCCAUUAUUAACCCCAAUCACUUAAAUUCUCCUUCCCCAUCUGGGUUUGAUCUAUACAUGUCUGUCACCAGCGAUCAGUGGCCCCAAUUCUACCACGGCGGCGCCGAUUCCACGGCCCUCCCACACGGCGGUUCCACCAAUGCUAAUUCCAAGCCCACCAGACGGCGCUCCCGAGCUUCUCGGAAGGCGCCCACCACGCUCCUGAACGCCAGCACCGCCAAUUUCCGGGACUUGGUGCAGCAGUUCACCGGCUUCCAGGCCGCCGGCGCCACCGUGCCCUUGGGCGCCCACAAGGGCCCCGUCAACCUCAGCUUCGGCCACCCCGGAGAUGAGCCGCUGCACACCCUCAACCACCCCUCUGGCUCUGUUAUGCUCCCUUUCUCCGACGCCCGCCAUUUUCACUACCGCCAGCCGCCGGUGGAGCACCAAUUCGCCUACCCGCCGGAAAACAGGAGCGGCAGCGGCGAUGGGCUUUCUCGGCCGGCGUCGGAACUCGUCGAAAUUCAGAAUCUGAUGGACGAGGACGAUGAUUUGAAUUACGAUCUGCAGGAAUUGGCCAUGGAAUUUUCCUCUUCCAAUGGGAAUGGGAAUUACGGCGGUGGCUACUUCCCCUGAUUCAAUCAAUGCAAUGUAAUGUGAACAAGAAAGAGGGCUCAUUAAGUUAAUUAGUAGGUGUCCAAAUUUAUUUUAUUUAAUCCACUUUUUUUUUUUUCUUUCAAUAUAUCCUGCUAUACGUCAAUGUUAAUUAAAGCAAUAGCUUCUUCUUCUUCUUAAUUCUCAAAUGGAAACUGAAGUUAGUUUUAAGAACAGUUUUCAGAUAUGUUACCAAUAUGAACACUGCUACAGAUGGUCAAAGUCAAGGACGAAACUCUACUACUAGUCAAAGUCAGUGAUCACCGUUGAUGGUUAUUUAUCUUUUCAAGAAAAAAAAAAAGUAAUUUAACCUUGGUGGUGGUUGUUGUUGUUGCUGCUGCAGCAUCAUUAAACGAUGGCGUUGUGGUCCAAGUGUUGACUUGAAUUAAGUGAGCAAAUGAAGAGACAAAUUUAUAAGAUUAAGAUUAAGAGGAA